GAGCUGCAUGAGACUAAACUACACAAGGUGUCAUUGGUGACUUGGAUUCUGGUCCCAGAGCACCUUUUCCCAGUUGGGAAGACUUCAAAAUUUGAUGCGACUCUGAUGCAGUGAUCUCUAAAGCCAGAUCAGCAACAAGAACUGAAAUAAUGAAACUGAGGAGAUUCACAAUGUUCUUUUUAUGGCCAGCAGAAAAAACAGACUCUCUUGUUCACUACUCCCUCUGAAGAUAUUACAGAUUGUUGUUAGUAAAAGGUGUUGUCAUUCAAUAAGCACUGAGCAUUCAGUGAAUCACACAAGCCCUUGCAGAGAGAUCCUUUUUGCAGAACUCCCUGCUUCUUGCUGAUCUGCCAGUUCUUGGGACUACUGACAUCCCAAAUGUGUACCAAAAAUGGCCUUUCAUCUUCUGAAAAGACAUGUGGAACUUAAAUGCAAAAAGAAGCCUUCAGUGACCUGGAACAGAGCAGUGAUGAGGCACUGCAUGCAGAUCUAAUAGGAGGCAACCAUUCUUGGACAUGACAGCUGUGUUGGAAAGCUGAAGGGAAUCGCUGGACUAUCUUGCUAGAGCAAAUUGUUACCGUAAUCUGGGUGAAUCUGGCUUGCUUAAGCUAGCAACAUCUGAAGUGGAUCAGAGUUUGAUUAGAAGCUAAUACCAUCUCCCUUCUAUUUCAAGUGGAGUUUAAUAAAUUACAUCUCCUUCAGAAAGUAAGAAGGAAUUAACCUGCAACUUGCUGCAAGGGUCCUCUGCCAGCUCACAGCAUGGAGUAAAAGGAGAAUCUUGACACUCUGUUACUGGACUGUGCUGGCCACGAAGGGCAGUCAAGGCUGGGGCUCCUUCACGUUGUUAUACUGGGCUGUCCACAGCUGCCAAGCCCCAUCAGUUUGCAAGAGGAUGAACAAACCGUGCAAUAGAGCAAACAACUUUACAGCUAAGCAGGAGAAAAGUCAGAGCUUAGACAAUAUAUCACAUUCAGCCUAGGACUGUGAGUCGCUCUGGAACCAAUGGGUGCACCGAUGCCAUCCCAAGCGCUACAGGCAGAUCAGGAUUUGCAGCAGUGGAAAGAGAUAGAUGAUGCAUGUUCUGCCUACUUGACUACAGAUUCUCAGCCUCAGGCAUCCAGUGCACUGGAAGAACUUUGCUUUUUGGUCAUGGGAUUUCUCCAGAAACCACAGGGUUUGGAUGAAAAAGACUACACCAAAAGGUUCUUAUUUCAUUAUUCUAAGACCCAUGACGCGGGCAACUCAGACAUCAUGUCGUCUGUCCUGCAUCCUUUGCUGCAACUUGUUCCCCAACUUAAUGAGAGAAGAUUGAAGAGAUACAAAGCGGACGAAGAACUUCAAGGACCUGGAGGGAUUCGAAGUAGAGGCUACUUUUUCUUCAGGCCACGCAAUGGAAGAAGAUCAGUGGAUUUUCGCUAAGGAGGAUUUUAGAUUCCUGAUCAAGAACUAAUGCUGCAGGAAUGCUGAGUACAUGGACAUACUGUUUUCCUUACAGUUUUUUUUCCUUACUAAUGUACAAUUCAAAAAUCACUAGAAUGUGUAUGUCUUAAAUUAGAUUUAAUUAAGAACUGAAAUGUGUCUUUACUUUCUUGACUAUAUUAAAAGCAUAUUAAAAUUAUUUGUUUCCUAGUGCUGUU